ACAAGGUCGUGUACUUGUGCCUGUCACCAUGAAAAACACUCCAACAGUAGGGUAGGUCGUGAAACAAUACUCUUUCCAACCUCUUUGUGGGGACGGAGAUCAGACGUGGACACUUUACAUCGCAAUCAUUUAUUGUUCACAGAUGGGAUGGAUAGUUGGCACGUGUUCGUUGUAGUGGGUAACACCAGGCGCGGGACUGAUGCUAAAUGACAACGGGCCAUGCGAUAAAUGAUCCGGUCGGCUUUCCUUAACUGCAAGUGCGCGUGAAUGUUUCGCCAACAGCGCACGAGACGAGCUCGCGCCAGACGCGCGAAACUAAAUUCAGCGAUGAUUUCUUCACAAUGACUGGUUUAUCCUCAGGGAUCAAACGACAAGACGAACAUUAACAGCACUCGGAAUAACGUUUGUAACUAAACAUUAUGUUAAUAUUGGACGGUAUUAAACACGCUCCGAGGUCUCGUGAAGUCUUCAGCGCUUGCAAGACGGAGGCAGCCAUCCGACAACGGGCGACUCCUUUGGCGAUCAAAAAACGGGGACCUUUUGUUUGACCGGGGCAUCCUUCUCCUUAAAGUCAUCAUCACAGACUCGCAUAGCGUGUCCGCUUCCCCUGCCGUCAAAGAUAUUAACCCACCCAGCAGCCCACAUCAAAACCAUAACACUCCCCCCUUAAACCACAACCCCCUCUGACCCAGUUUUAUGGGGGAACGGGGUAAAAGGCUAUUGUGUGUGUUUCGGAGACUCUCGCAUUUUCUUUAUCACGACAUGCUUGUUCAUAUACGCAUGUGUGUAGGGUUGGUGUAAGGUCAAUGGUCUCUGAUCCCCAAGGCAUCUUUUACAAACGGAAAAAAGAAAGGAUGAUAAAGAGAUGAAAGGAAAGAAGAAAGAAAGCAGACAUGGAGUUUCCGGAGACAGAAUGUCGAGGAUGUAGUCUGUGAGCUGUGCAGUGUGGGACGCUGUCUGCCACACUGUCAUCAGACGUCAUGAGCUGGAGCUUCCUAACACGUCUGCUGGAGGAGAUCCAGCACCACUCCACGUCGGUGGGGAAACUCUGGCUCACCGCGCUAGUCGUCUUCCGCAUCGUACUGACCGCAGUGGGCGGCGAGUCCAUAUACUACGAUGAGCAGAGCAAGUUCGUCUGCAACUCGGGCCAGCCGGGAUGCGAGAACGUCUGCUACGACGCCUUCGCCCCACUUUCGCACGUGCGAUUCUGGGUCUUCCAGAUCAUUAUGUCCGCCAUGCCCUCUCUGCUUUACAUGGGAUACGCAGCUAAUAAGAUCUCCCACAACGAGAACUCGCGGGCUCGAGCGAGGGCUGCAGAUGCCGGAUACACCCAGCGGAGGCCAAGGAAGAUGUGUUUUGGGACACGACAGGAUCCUGCUGGACAUGAGGAUGGGGAGGAGGAACGGGAGGAUGAUCCUAUGAUCUACGAAGUGCCUGAGAUGGACAACACGCAGAGAGACUUGGUCCCGCCGAGACCCAAACCGAAAGUGCGUCAUGACGGUCGGCGCCGUAUCCGUGACGACGGGCUCAUGCGAGUGUACGUGCUGCAGCUGCUGACACGUUCGGCGCUGGAGGCCGGCUUUUUGGCAGGACAGUACCUGCUCUACGGCUUUCGCGUGGAACCCGUUUUCGUGUGCUCGGAUAAGCCCUGCCCACACCACGUGGACUGCUUCGUCUCACGGCCCACAGAAAAGACCAUCUUCCUCCGUAUCAUGUACGGCGUCAGCUGCCUUUGCUUGAUACUCAACCUGUGGGAAAUGAUUCACCUCGGAGUUGGAACCAUCGGCGACGUCUUACGCAAACGAAACGCAGCCACCACAGACGACGAGUACCAACUGGGCCUGCUCGCCGGAGGGGGCGUGUCUGUCGGAGUGGGCGGGCCUUCCCUAAGUGAGGAAGAACCAGGGGUUGGGGUCGGUGGAGGUGUAAGAGAAGCAGACUAUGUUGGUUAUCCCUUCUCCUGGAACACCCCAUCUGCACCGCCAGGCUACAACAUCGUGGUGAAACCUGAGACCAUGCCAUACACAGACCUGAGCAAUGCCAAGAUGGCAUGCAAGCAAAACCGUGCCAACAUAGCGCAAGAGGAACAGCAGCAAUACGGUUCCAACGAGGACAAUUUUCCAUCAGCGGGUGAAGCUCGACCGCCGCCCAUCAAUAAAGACGUCAUCCAGUUAGAGGCGGCGAUUCAAGCGUACACCUUGCAGCACCAUGCCAAUAAUAACCAUGAUGACCUGAAUGACAACCAUGACAUUGAUGAGAAGCCUCAGAGUAACAUCACUACAGCACCACAGAAGGAUCGAAAGCAGCGGACCAAGCACGGAAAAGCUGGCAGCGCUGAAAGCAGCAGUAGUAGCAAAUCAGCAGAAGGCAAACCAUCAGUUUGGAUCUAAUGUUCAUGCACUGUUGGUUAAAAUAUGUACCCCAGCUUUAAAGGAAAAGUCUACUC